AUGAAGUUCAUCGCUGUCCUCGCAUCUCUUUUUGCCAGUGCGUAUGCGCAAGGCAUCACCAUUGGCUCUCCUACUACGGGAAGCACCAUCUCUACGGGAGAUGUAGUCGUUGAAGUUGUGCGCCCUGACUCACUCACUGGCUCAACGGAAGUUGCCAUCGUCAUCUCCAUUGAACCUUGCAACGCUGACGGCACCUGCAUCGACCCUGCGGAGCGGCUAGGGACGACACUUUACAACGGUCCUUACAACCCCCAGUUUCCGACGACCCCUACUCCCCUUGAUCAGCCAGAACAGAACUUCACUGUGUCUAUCCCGGAUUCGCUUGCGGGCCAGAAAGCGCUUCUCAGCGUUGUCCAUCUCUCCCUGGUGGGGGCUGGCCCGUUCCCGCUAUUCGAGAUCGUGAAUGCAACAGUGAAUGUGGUUGCUAACUGA